ACCAGCAGCCCCUCAUUCCCGCCCGGAGGGGUCCCCGAGGUAGACAGCCCCCAGGGACCUUCCCCAGAGCUAGAGAGGAGGGCGAAGUUCAGCGUCAGGAAGCCGCCUCGGUGCCUGGGGUCCAGGCAUCUCCAUCUCAGAGACAGAAGGGCAGCCCCACAGGGGUUGAGGGUCACCUUGGGUCACUGAGACGGGGCCGGGGAAGGGGCACGUCUGGGUCGGGGACACAGACCCUGAGGAUGCCCGAGGGAGGCAGGAGGCUCCUUUCUGUUCUGGGGCCUCCUCCCCAGGCUCUUCCCGGGGACCCACGUACACUCUGGCCGGCACCGGCGUGACCAGCGGGCGCUCAGAGGAAGCCCAGCGGCCUGUCCCAGCAAGGCUAGAGGAAGGUCAUCACCCAAGGCUGGUCACCUGCUGGAUGCUGUGGCCCCGCCCCCAUGGCCAAAUGCCCCCUGGGGCAUGCUGGGACAGGCCAGGGCUCCCCACAGCCAGGUCGGCCUGUCCGGAGGAAAGUUGGAGGGUAAGGCCGACCCAGCUGAGCAGGAGAUGCUUGGAGACGUGAAGGAAAGCCACUUCUGGGGUUGAAAAUCCACGCACGAGGAUCCUGCUUCUUCGGGCCCCUCACCGAUCCAGAGCGCGUUUGGUGGAAGGAACGUGACCCCAUGUCGUAGAGUUGCCUCGGGGGGUCGAUUGAAAAGCAGGGACAGUGGGGCUGCAGCGUUUCAGCCCUGGAGGAAGCAGCCAGCUGCUGCCUGCAUCCUGCUUCGUGGCCUUCAGGACGAAGAUGCCGGCCCAGUGCUGAGCCAGGGUGGAGGGGUGCUGGCGGGCGGGCAGGGGGUGAAGACCCCGGCUCUGCUGCUCACGCGCCCUGCUGACCGAAAUGGAGAACUUCCAGUACAGUGUCCAGCUGAGUGACCAGGACUGGGCUGAGUUCUCAGCCGCUACCGAGGAGUGUGGUCUCCUGCAGGCCAGCCUGGCCUCUGGGGACGAGCUGCUGUCCAGUGACAUUGACCAAGGGGACAGCAGCGGCAGCAGUCCCCCCGGGCCCCGGCCCCUGCUUGGGGGGAGUGGCUGGCCUGGCUUUGAGGAGGAGGACCAGGCGGCCACGAAGCAGCUGGUCAGCAGGUCUUGGCAGGAGCCCGCCCUGGCCCUGGGGGCUGGUCAGCAGACGCCCAGCACGUCAGCACAGUCAGAAGCCCGGGGCUCUGCUCCCACCCCCCCGCUGGGCUCCCCGCUGCUCUCUGCGGCCAGGCCUGAUGAGGUCCGAGGCCCAGCUAGGUCCAGGGGGAAGGGCCCCUCAGCUGGGUCGGCCGAGCAGACAUCAGGAGCCGGGCAGGAUGAGCGGGGCCUGGAGUCUGCAGGGGCCCCUGAGCAGGUGGCCCGGCCGGGACUGGAUCUGUCUACACCUGUCCUCACUACUGAGCAAGGGUCGGACCCACUCAGCAUGACCCCCAGAGCUGGGCCACACGCUGUGGCCACACCUGCCCCAGAGCCUGGUCCAGAUUUCUCAAUGGCUAAGUCAGACCCGGCUCUGUCUACACCUGCCUCCAAGCCUCAUCCUGACACGACUCCGUCUACACCUGCCUCCAAGCCUCAUCCUGACACGACUCCGUCUACAUCCGCCUGUGAGCCUCAUCCUGACACGACUCCGUCUACACCCGCCUGCGAGCCUCAUCCUGACACGACUCCGUCUACACCCACCUCCGAGCCUCAUCCUGACACGGCUCCGUGUACACCCACCUGCCAGCCUGGACUGGAUGUGGCCCUGCCUCCGCCGGGCAGAAAGGUCGAGCCGCAGGUGGACUCAUCGGCACCUGCCUUGAAGGCGGAGUGUGACAUGGGUGCACCCACCCUGGCCUCCGUUCCCCAGGCUGGGCCUGACUCGGUGGAGGCCAAGGGUGCCCCACAGGCCAAGUUGGAUUUGGGUUCUGUGGUGUCUUCAGGGGGGCACCAAGAGAAGCCCAGAGGGGAGCCCUCUGCAGGUGCCCCUGGACACCCCUCGGGGGAGCCCCCGCCAGGGCCUGUCCCAGCCAAGAAGAAGAAAGUGCGGUUCUCUGUGUCUGAGCCCAGCCCCAAGGAGCCAGGGUCAGAAGAGGCCACGCGCCCCCUCUCACCAGCCACAGGCUGGCCCUCAGCCCCCAGGACAGCCACAGGGGGCCGCGGGGGGCCCGGACCCCCUGCCGCCUCUGCCACGGCGGGGCCUGGGUAUAAGAGCUGUUUUGCCGUGACCGUCCCUGAGGCCUACGAGUUCUUUUUUUGUGACACCAUCGAGGAGGAGGAUGAAGAGGCUGAGGAGGCAGAGGCUGGCGGGGCCCAAGUGCAGUGGCCAGAAGUGUGUGAGUUCUUCUUCCGGGACAGCCGGGCCAAGAGGUCUGGGCCCCGGGGGGGCCACUCCCCGGCCCCAGCCCCAGAGGAAAAAAAACCUGACCCUGCGCCGGAGCCCAGCCCAGUGGCCACAGAGCAGCUCGACCUGGUGCUCAGGCAAGCAGGUGCGUGUCUCGUGGGCCCCAUGGCCUGUCCAGGUCCUGGGAACACACUGUCCAGAGAUGUCAGCCAGAGGGCCAUGGCGGGGGGAGGGGGCAGGCCAGGAGGCUGGUCUGAGCCAGGGGGAGGCCUCAAGGAGGAUCUUGGAAGGAAGGAGCAGUUCCUGGCCAUCCCAGGACACAGUCCAGGUGGGGCAGCCCAGGUCACUCAAGGGUUUGGCUGUGCAUCAACUGUCACCCUGAAUUCAGGCCCAGAUGACUUGACAGCCUUGCCCCUGGCCUCCAGCAGGGCAGGGGAGCCCUGGGGUCCCCUCACCUCGUUUACCUUCAGCCAGAAGGACAUGUGCCUGGUGUUUGUAGCCUUUGCCACCUGGGCUGUGAGGACCUCAGAUCUGCACACCCCAGAUGCCUGGAAAACAGUCCUGCUGGCCAACAUCGGCACCAUCUCCGCCAUCCGCUACUUCCGCCGGCAGGUGAGGCUGGGCCGCCGCAGCCCCAGCCCCUAGGAGCCAGGCUCAGCCCAGGAAGAUGCAGGACCAGGAAGCGGCCACAGGUGCUCAGGCCGAGGUGCUGCCCUCUGGCCUUGCCCUUUGACCUUUGUGUUCCACGGCAGCAUCUAGAAGGAGCCAGUGUCCUCGGUCCUGGCUUUUUUGGACUCCACCCGAGGCUCAGGCCAGUGGCCGAAGCCCAGGCUGUGCCCACACCUGGGAGGGGAGACUGGGAAGGUUGGGUGGCUGGGGUCCAGCAGGGAACUGGUUAGGAAGGUGGCCAGGUUAGCAAAUAAAGCAGGGUGUCCAGUAAAGCUGGAAGUUCAGACAGGCAGUAUGUGAGAGUGCUUAUACUAAGAAAUUACUUGUGGUUUCUCCAAAAUCACAUGUAACUGGGCGUUGGUAUUUUGUCUGGUAAUCGAGUUAGAAGGUGAGUGGUGGGAUGGAGCAGGAAAUCAGAGGGUGUCCGAGCACCUGGAGACUGGGCAGGGGUGGGGCUGGGCUGGCAGGGCCUCCUUGGCCUGUUCGAGCCCUGAACCCCAGGGCCUGUGGCCAAGGUCUCCUGGCUGCUGCCCGAGACCAGGAGCAGGUACCUGGAGGGGCUGCAGGAAGGCGACCCCAGUGGCCCUGCGGGGUUGGGGUCUGCAGGGCAGAGCCUGGAGCCCCUCCUUGGGGAGCCCUGGAUAAGGUUCCAAGCAGAGUUUCAUGGUGUCAGGCGGAGGGAUGGGACACUGGGCUUGUCCCAGGGCUGAGAGGAGCCAAAGAGAGGGCAGGAGGGUGGGCAGGGGGCCAGCCGGGCGCUGGAAGGGCAUCCAGCCAGGCAGCGAGCACAGGUCCCCGGGCCACAGGGCCUGCUGGCUGUGGGUAAAGAACGUGUGGACACAGACAAAUAAAAUCUUCUCUUCUUCC